CCCGGUCGGGGAGCGACGGUCCAAAAUCCAAAUACGAAGGACCGCGCGACUGGGCGUGCGGGGCGGGCGCGAGUGGGAGCGAGCGGGCGAGUUUUAAGGGCCAAUAGGGCUCGAAAGGCUUGGAAAAGGGUGGUCCAGCUUUGACAAGGUACCGAGGAUAGAAACGGAGAAAUACAUCUGGAUAAAAAGGUAGCUAAAUUCGGUUAGAAUUCAGGCCGAUGGAUUUUUAAGGCGAGGCGAACGCUUUCGCAUCGGCAUUAGAGGAAAGUGGGGGAUCAGAUCGCGGUGGAGGGCGAAGAGGGCAUAGAGGGUGGAGAGGGUGAGUGAGAGGUCGUCUGUACGUACACGGAGAGAGAAUCGAUCUAAAACUAGGAGUCGCCGCAGUAACCGCUGGGAGGAAGCCACUGUUACAAUUUUCCCCAUAUGCGUUAGUGAAAUCUUAGAUCGGGUAAUUGUAAGAUACCUUACCGGUAGGAUGAGGCAUUCGCUGUUAAACGUUGUACAAAAAAGACCCGUUCGCUAGGGUCCAUUUUACAAGGUCUAUUGGGAAUCGGAUCGAAGCAAAAAUGCUGCAGCGUUCGGUGCAGCAUUUCUUUUAAAAUAAGUGCUUGUGGGACGGUCCCGUACCUGCAGGGAUAUGACGUAAUGGCAAGAGAGGAGUUACGGAGCAAAAGACCUUUUAAGAUAUGGGACAGUUGGCGAAACGUAAGAAAGGGACUGGUCGUUAGCAAUUUUGAGGAACUGUUACACCGUGGGAAAGAAAAGUUGGGCGUUCCCCAAAACGAGAAUGUCUGUUUAGUGCUCGAAUCGGACGGUACUCAGGUGGAGGACGGAGAAUAUUUCAAGACUUUAGCGAACAACACGAUUUUGCUACUCCUCCGGCAUGGCGAAAGGUGGUGUCCCACUGGCGUCGACAUUAUUCGGGCUGCAAUUUCAGCAAUUCCGAAAAUAGUUUGCGAAACGAUUCACGCAUUGGAGUUGCACGAUGAAACGCCAUCCUGGAAAAUUAUGGACAAUAAAGGACGUGUCACGGUGGUUCUCCACUGGGAUCAGCGAUCAUCGUCGCAGGUUCAACAGCCGAAAUCUGCGGACGGUCAAAGCUCGAAAUAUUCGCCAACGAAAAAGACGGAGCUUAAUUCAGUAGGACAGAGGCCGUCUCUAGUGAUACAAACGAGCCUUGACAAGCUUCAGAGUUAUCACGAUGGGAUCGGGAUCGGUAUAGGGAUCGGUAAUGGGAAAGCUGGAGGCCAUGUCGCGGGCGACCUAGGCGGCAGCGUUGGUGGUAUUGGCGUAAGUGGCGUGGGAAUAGGUCCCCGUUAUAGCAGCCCUCAAAUAACUGUGAUAAAUCAUGACGAUAUGGUACAGAAGAGUUUUACUAGUCCGAGUCAUAGUUCCUACGGGCCGAUACUGGCUCCUGGCUCAAUAUCAUCGUCUACCCAACACACGAGCGGAGUGCCAACGAGCCGUCUAGUGAAGCAGAGUACUAAUUCGUUCGAUAGUACCACUAUUCAUAUCCACACGCCAGAGUGUUCGAAUCACAUUCAUCAGCCGGUCGUGAGAAACGGUAGUCCUGUAAACGGUGCGGACGGUAGUAGUGCAGCGGAAUGUGAUUUCCACUGUUGCGCGUUGCACGAAGAGGGCAGAAGGAUCGCCGUACACAAAUCGGUAGCGACAUCGCCGAUACAAGAUGCGCAGCAGCAGACACCCUCGCCUCAACCCCCCUCAUCGCUUUCGGACGGUACGCGUCGUCCCGGUAUGGUAAAGGGUCACGUACGAUUUCGCGACACCGAAGACCGAGACGAGGGCUCAUCGGGUCCUGGCCAAAGAUUGGGCGGUGGUAAUUCCGCAGGUUCGUUUCACGGUGGUCAUACAGUAGGACAUCCCCAUCACCAUCACAAUCAUCAUCAGGAGCACGAUAGUUCGGAAUCUGAAACCGAAAAUACAAUUAUGGAAGACGAAAUCGUAACUUCCGAAAAAUUUUUACUUCUCAUUGAUCAACUCACCGUAGAUCAAAAGCAUCAUCUUAGCAUCAAGGAUAUCGGUAUUAUACUCGAGAGGCUAAGCUCUAAGAUAUUAGACGUUGAAAGAUUGGAUCGAGAAAGCGAAAGCGAGGAAUGUUACAAUUGGACUAUUAAGGCGGUUAUUAGGGGAGACGUACUCAGGGAAUUAGGUGUUAUCUACAACGGGAAUUACUACGCUAUUUCGGAACACCCUGGGUACAAGGAAGAGUCAGAGGAGAAUAACGAGGACAAUGAAGAAGAGGAAGAGGAGGAGGAAGAUAGACUUUAAUAUGACGCUGUUUUAAUAGUUAGAUAGAUUAUACCUAUACCUAUUAAUGGUUAUUAUUAACUAUUAUUAACAUAGUAUGUACUAACAUAAAACGUGAUUUUUUUCAAAUGUUUUCAUAAUAAAAAAAAAAAAAAAAAUACAAAACAAAACAAAUGCAUCGUAAUAAUAAUAAAAGAAAACAACAACAACAACAAAAAAGAGAAGAAGAAAGGAAAAUGAAAAAAGAAAGAAAUAAUAAUAAUAUGAUUAAUAAUAAUAAUAAUAAUGAAUAAUAAUGAAUAAUGAAUAAUGAAUAAUAAUAAUAAUAAUAAUAAUAAUAUGAUAUAACAUUAGUUCUAAAGGAGGUUGUUGAAAUGUACUUAUUAAAUAGUGUGUAUACAUUAUGUAGGAAUCAUUGGGAUACGGAUCAUCUCCGUAACCGUCCACAACACUGCCCUAUCUAAAAACAAGAAGAAAAAAAACCAAAAAAAAAAAAAAAACAAUAUGAAUAUAUUAUAAAAGUUCAAUCCUGAUUAAUAUGCCAUUCUAUUUCAUAUUGUGUUGUGUAUAUCUCAAA